UGGGUUUUCAUCUGCAAUUCUGCAUCCUUACUUUUUUUCUUGAUUUCAAUUCCUCACAAAUUGAAACGAACAAACUAAAAUUAUUUAAUUCACUAGGAGAUAUUUUGGAUAUAAGAUGAGUUUCUACAUUUAAUCAGAACGAACAGUUUGCACAAAAAAAAAAAAAAUCAGAACGAACGGAGUCUCGACGGUGGCGGAAGAUGGCGGAAGAUGGCGGAGAAGAAGAAGAAGAAGCUGAGAAGCGGAUUCAUUGGCAGCGUCAACGUGGUGGAGAAUCGCCUCGGGAACGGAGAAGAUGAACUCCGAGUAGAGAGAUGGAUGAUUCGAAGAGUUAUAGAUAGGGAAGUAGAGAGAGAGGAAGUGAAGUUGAAUCCUGGGAUGAAUACGAAAACCGUUACUCAAGGGCCAAUCCGAAGAACUGCGAGUCCGAGUUGGGCUAUCAAAGAGCAACAAGAGGCAGUGGAAGAGAGUAAGAUAGUGUUGUCAUCUAGAACUGAAUUGGCUAAGCCCCAAAUUGUGAGUAGGAGUAGAUCUUUGAGGAAAUCUCGUGAUUUCGAUUUCAGUCCCGAAGCAUUGCUCUCAAACGAUAUCGACAUCAACAAUGUUAACAGUAACAAUGCAACUGCGGGACCAACAUUUCCAUCUUACACAGCUUUGCUUUUAGAAGACAUUCAGAAUUUCCACGAGAAGAGUGUUGAUGUUAGUGCCUUAAGUUCAUCUAUGUCCAAGGCUUGUUCAAUUGUUAAAGCAGUUGCUGAUCAUAACUCCACUACGAAUCAACACCAAAGAACCGAGGUCAGUUUCACAUCGGCAGCAGCGAAGAAAGAGGAUUUAAUGGAGCCAAGUUUCGAGAAGUAUGUGACUGUUAAGAGAGGAGGUUCUUCGUUGGAGGGUAUUCCUCUUAGAUCUCGUAUGUGGAUUAAAGAAUUCGCCCAUUCUUAGAAGAUCAUGUGAAUGAAAGAAUUGUCCAUGUGUUCGAUGUAUUGAAAAUCAUUGAUAUUGUUUAAUUUGCUUGGUACAAAUUCUUGUUUAGCCGUUUGAUGUAUAAAAUCUAUUAGACCUU